GGGGUGUGGGUGUGUAUAUGGCCCACGAGGGUAUUGUACGAGUGUCACGUGUUGAUUGAUUAUAUUGCAUGGCCCAUGAUUUAUGUCUGCUGAUUAUAAGCAGGAGAGACGCUCCCAAUACAGAAGCAUAUGUGUUACGAAUAUCAUCCCCCAAACCCUCCAACUAAUACACCCAAAUUCUCCUAUUCUUCCCAUCUUUUCUACUACGAGCUGAUGAAAUGAGAAACUACAGGAUGGCCAAACCACAUUGUUACCCAUCUUUAUCAAUUUCAACUCACCACAACACUUCCCUUCUUCUUGAUUCCCUCUAUUGCUUCGAAGAUGAGGUUGAAGAUGGCCAUUCCAAUUCCCAACCGAAGUUCCAACCUUUCUCAAUUAAUCUUAACAUCAAUUCCCCAAACUCUGUUUUCUUGUCCGAUUGGGAAGACGAUGAAUUGGUCUCUCUGUUUUCAAAAGAGAACGGAAAUAAGCUUCACAACACUCUCCCACAUAAUCCUUCUCUAGCUGCAGCUCGUUCCAAGGCUGUUCACUGGAUUCUCAAGGUCAAUUCUCAUUACUCUUUCUCUGCACACACCGCCGUUUUGGCCGUUGAUUAUGUCGAUAGGUUUCUUUCCACCCCACAUUUUCAUAUUGAGAAGCCAUGGAUGACCCAUCUCACUGCCAUUGCUUCUUUAUCUCUCGCCGCUAAAGUGGAAGAAACCCAAGUCCCCCUUCUUUUAGACCUCCAGGUGGAGGAAAAUGAGUACUUUUUCGAAGCUAAAACCAUUACAAGAAUGGAAAUUCUUGUUCUCUCUACACUUGUUUGGAGAAUGAAUCCAGUGAACCCACUUUCCUUUCUGGAUUAUAUUGUAAGACGUCUCGGCUUCAAAGACCAACUCUGCUCUCAACUCCUCUGUAAAUGUGAACGAUUACUUCUCUCUGUCAUUAUAGAUUGUAGAUUCGUAUGUUUUCUCCCAUCAGUAUUAGCAACCGCUAUUAUUUUCCAAGUUAUCAACGACAUAGAACCCCAUCUCGCCACAAAAUACCACAAUCAGCUCAUGGGUUUUCUUCAAAUCGACAAGGAUAAAAUGGAGGAAUGCUCACGAUUCAUCUUAGAAGCUUCAUGGAAAGGACAGAGAAAGGAAUGGAAGAAUAAUAAACAAAGAUUUGGGUUAGUCGACAUGUCAUGCAGCUCAAAUGGUGGGAAUAGGAAUGUGGACACUAUGGUAUCGUCGCCGGAGACAGCAUCUAAGAAGAGAAAAAUUGAUGAACAACAUCCGUAGAGGCUGAGGGUGCAGAAUUUUCAGUAGAAUUAGUUGGAAAUGUUUGAGAUCAUUUAAUUAAGGCUAUAGCUAUUUUGUACUUUUUUGUUUAUUUGGUACACCAAAAGUGUACGUUCAAUAAUUAAUAUAUAAUUUCUUAUAUCAUCAAGUCAAAUUGUCGCAUUAA